UGAUAGAAGCUGGAAAUAUUCUUGUACUACGUGACUUUGGGCCUAUCUAUUGGGCGUGAUGUAAUUAUAGGGCUCUAUAUACUGUAAGAGGCCCUGUAACACGCCUAAUUAGAAUACGUCUAGCUAUCGGGAACCUGCGUAAUAACAAAAAAAUUGCAAUCCCACCAAAUUUCUGUAGUCAUUGCUGGGUGUUGACUUGAGCGACUCAAUCACAACCGCGGUCGCUCGCGUGUCAUCUAUCUCAAUCAAGAUAUUUGAACCCAAGUGGAAUAUUUACAGUUACUUACGCACCUAGGUAUCUUUGACUAUUAUGAAUCGUCUUUGCCAAUCUUCCUUCGGAUAUUUAGAAGCAGUCAUUGGCUUCGUUUGCCAAGGGAAAACAGAAAAACGCACGCUAAUCAACUUCUACAGAAAUAAUCAGAAUGGGGAAUGGUGUGCUGGAGAGAUUAUCUCGAGAGAUCCCCAUUCAGGGGGCUCCAUCAUUCAAAAUUCCACUCAAAGGGUUCUAGGUCAACAACAUGGUGACUUUGAAGUUAUAGUUCUCGAGGAAAACGGACUUCUAAGACACUAUACACGCAACAAUACACUCCCCUUCACCGAAAGCGAGGAUACAUCGGAAGAGAACGGUACCUGGAAGCUUUCGGCUACGAUAAAUGAACAAGAACACAAAAUAUACGGGAAAGUGGUCGUUUUCGCUGCAGCUCCUAUUUAUCAAAGUAAUCUUCCCUCUGGAAACACGUACGAAGGAACUACUCUAGAGACGGCUGUACUUACCGACAAACGAGAAAUUCUACAUUAUCGUUGCCCUCAAUCCGAUCGAGACCCGAGGGGUAGAUGUUACCAGUGGAAGUUAUGCAUAAAAAUUACAGAUGGUGCUAUCGGGCCAGCUUGUCUAUAUCAAGACGCCGAGAAGCGUUUGAAGGCACUGAUACCAUUUCCUAAUGGAAUUAACGAAUUCUAUUUCACGGAUGAAGGAGAUUGGGACUGGGGAUGUCAUAUCCCCGAUUCUUAUGGCCCGGCAUGUAUCUACAGUCCCAACCCGAGUAAUCCAUCAGCUAUGGAUAUGAUUGUGGUAUCUGAGGACAAACUGUGUGUGAGGGCUAGAAGGGAAUAUGAAUAUGAUGAGGUUGAUCAGGGAUGGAGUAUAUCAUCUACUACCAACGACGAACUACCUUCCUCUCUAAAAAGAUUACCACGGGGUUCAUAUUUUCAACCAUUUCAAGGAAAUCCGAUGGCUGCAGUCUCACCAACUUUCCUGGCUCUCCGGCAUUCGCCAAAUACUGAGGCCAUUGUUUUUCAUCCUUGCAGAACCAAAGGUACAAAUGGUAGAUGGAUGAUAUUACAUUGGAGUUAUUUGACUACGGUAGAAGAAUGGAUGGUAUCUGGAGUCGCUGUAGACUACGUGAAAGGGAUCGUGAUGUGAUACAGAAUAUUGUCAGUUUAUCAUGGGUAUUCGGAAAAGGCUACAUCUUGUCAGUUGGUUGUCUUUAGUCACUUGGAGUUCAAAAGCCAUAGACCUGCAGACAAACUAAGAUUUAAUUCAUUAGGUGCAACGGUGA